GAGAGUUUGGUGUGCUGCAACCUAUGAUCUGAUCUAAUGGUCGGCCCAUCUCUUGUCAACUCUAAAGAGUCGGGAGCCUCCGAGCUGCCGAGUCACUGCUACUAAUCAUCUGAUCCGUUGACGAACGUAUUCUCGGGUGGGCACAAAAAUAUGGACUUUAUUUAUUGCAAACAAAGACCAUUUUUCAUUGACGUGGGUAAACCAGCCUCGGCUAUCUCGCCAUUAUAUGUUUUCAAACUAAUUUGCAAUGGCUUCAUCUCGAAGUGGACUACUUGUGCUCGGUGCUGGCGGCAUGGGCCUCGCCAUUGCCCGUCGCCUUGGGGCAGGACGCCUCGUUUUCCUUGCCGAUAACUCGCCGAAAGUCCUCGAUUUUGCUGCAUCUUCCCUCCGAAGUGAUGGGCACGAAGUACAAACUCAUAUUGUUGACGUGUCAAGCAAUGAUUCUGUCAAAAAUCUCGCCAAGAUCGCUUCCGAGGCGGCUAGGUUGAACGCAGUAGUGAACACCGCUGGUAUCUCCCCCGGGAUGGGUACUGCUCGAAGGAUCUUCGAGGUCAACCUGCUCGGAACAGCCAAUGUCAUUGACGUCUUCCUCGAGGUUAUGCCCCCUGGUUCCUCGUUGAUCUCUAUUGCAAGUAUAGCUGGCUAUUUGGCCCAGAAGGCUAUUAGUCCUGAGCUGGAGAAGCAUCUCGCGACAUCCCCAAGAGAACAACUACUAGGUCACGAUGCUACGGAUCUAGAGGGUUCACCUGAGCUGGCAUACGGCAUUUCCAAGUGGGGAAACAUCGUUCGCAUGCAGGCUGCAAUUCGACAAGGACAAAAGAAAGGAGUGAGACUGAACACAAUCAGCCCGGGUGUGAUCAUGACGGCAAUGAUACGAAAGGAGUUAGAUUCAGAGUUGGGAGAUCGGUUAAGGAAGAUGAUUCCGGAGACUCCAAUUCCCAGAGCCGGCUGCGCCGAUGAGGUUGCAAGUCUUGUCGCUUUCUUGUCAAGCCCGGAUGCAAGCUUCAUUAACGGUGCAGAUUUUGUGAUCGAUGGUGGUGCUACUGCAGCAUCCCGGUUUAGCGAUCCAAUCCUUGAGUUGGUUUAGCAGAACAAGUUAUGUAGACGAUGAGGGUUCUUGAGGGGUCGUUUUGAACUAUAAUGUUAGGUUUGCUGAACGAAUAAUAUUUAAUAUUGAACCGGACGCUGUACUUGGCUUAACUGACUAUCUUACCCUUCUCAUUACCCUAGUCGGUGUCUCCAGGAAGUUGAUUGCUACUCAUUAGGCUCCGACGUAACUCGGCUUAUUCCGCAUACAAUUAUCGGCUAAUGAUCAAUGAUCAGAGCCUUUAAUCACAUAAUUUGACAUACAGGUAGGGCAUUCAUAUAUUCAUUUUUGCAAAAUAAUAGAGAUGACAGAACAUAUUUGAUUAGCUCUAAGUUUGCCUGUUAUCAAUGGUUCCCGAGUUUCUUCCUACAACAAUUCAAUGACUCGUAUCCAUUAUGGAACUGGAUCGGCCGUCGGGCCCCAGUGAAUCCACAGUUUCCCAGUUCAUCUGGAAGGGUAAGGUAGCAGUUGUGACAUGCGGGGCUUAUAGCUGCUGCCAGAAAAGAGUUACUCGGCCACACGGUUUGAGGGACGCCAAUAACUUGAGAAACCGCUGAAUGGGUAAAUUAUUUUCAAGUUCCUAAGUCGAUUGUUAUUGAAUAUUUUUGGCAUAAUCUUCCCACC